CUUCUCUGAAAUUUCUCUCUCUCCUCUCUCUCUCUCUCUCUCUCUUCCCACAAUCUUCGCCAACAUGUUAGGACUCCAAAACAAGCUCUUCCUUAUAGUUUUUUCGCCUUAAAUUUCGCUUGUCUAGUAGUGGGUCGUCCACUUUCCCUCUGAAAUUUCUCAGUCGGUAUAGGAGCUGUUGUGCCUAACUUGGCACUCUUCCUCUACCUUUGGCUCUUUGCUUAGAAAUGAUAAAAGCAUACAUUGGUUGAGGGGAUUCAUGGAUACCCAGAAAUUUUUUAUGCUCAAAAGCUACUUUAAUUUCAUGGAUAUCAGCUUUUUAAGGGAGUUUGCUGAUACAAAAAUGUUUAGGUUCUGUAAUUCUGUCUGGGAUAUGUUCUGCACCUUCAUGCUUAAUCUUUUUGGACUCAUAGUCAAGUACAUAUCCAGAUUUCAAGCAAAUGGUGAAGCUCAGAAGAAUGAUUCAAGUUUCAGUUUUAUUCCUUCUGAUGAGGAUGAUCAAGUUGUUUCCAAAAAAGCUGAGGAAUCCGAGACUGUUGCGUUUGGAGGAAAAGAAAAUUUCAAGUUUUCUUUUGGGUUUCCAUUAGAGAAAAUCAAAGAUUCCAAUAAAAGUAGUGGACAAACAGAGAGCUCUGGCUUUAUAGAAAGUAAGUAUCAAUCUAUAUCUAACAAAAAUGUGACUGGAUUUAUGGAAGAGCCAGAAACACACAGAUUUACAGUUCAAGAAUUUUUCUUGGGUUCAAAUGAAAGUCUCAGUAGUAUAGUCUCACCUGACAAAGAUACACAGGAGCUUAACUUAGGAAAAAAGACCCAAAAUUUCCAUGAUUGGUCAAUUGAUUCUUCCUCUUGUAAUGAACAAUUUGAUGAUACCAAGGUCUCUAUUUCGGAAAUAGAGGUUGUUGAUCAUGGAAAAGCAGAGGACUUUGCUCAAAGUUUAUGCAGUGAAGAGGUUUUAGAGGAGCUAGGAGAAGUAACUAUGGCAGAGCAUGGACUUGCCAAGGCCAAAGAGAGAGAAGGCUCUGAAGAUAAUUUCUCAGAUGAGCAAGACUUCUCUUAUGAAGUCGAAUUGCGGCCGGAGAUUAAAUUGUUGCCUUCUGAUUCAAACACAGUGGCAGAUGUUUUGAGUGAUUGGUUUGUAAUUAACACUCACAAAGUUGAUCUGGUAAAUAAUAAUGGACUUGUUUGUGGUAGUGAAACUGAUACUCCUAUGCCCAUUGAUAGGAGGGAGGGAAUGUUUACUGAAAAAAUUGCAGGGUUGGAAGAGAUUGGUGAGGAGGAAAAUAGCUUUUCCCAUGAUGAAACAGCAUUUAGGAGAGAGAAACAUGAUGUUUAUGUUGAUGACUACAUAGAAUUGGAGCCACAUUUCAAUUCAACCAAGUUAGGUGAAGCAAGUUUGUCCUUGAAACAUUUAGGCAAAGUUGAAAAAGGACAUGAAUUAUUGGAAUGUAUGGACAUGAAGGGGAGAGAACAGAUGGAUAGUUUACAAAAAUCCGAAGAACACGCCUUGCUGAAGAAAUCAUGGGACUGGGAUUCUGACGAUGAAGAUGAACCAGAUAUUCUGUUGGAACACAGAGAAUUGGUAGAACAGAUGAAAAUGGAAAUGAAAAAUUCUAGAGCAAAAGGACUUCCUACUAUCUUAGAAGAAUCGGAGACUGCGAAAAUGGUGGAAGAUUUGAAACCACUUAAGAUUGAUGAUAAGUUUGAGUAUAAAGAUCGAAUGGAAGAGAUUCAGAAGUUCUACAAAAGCUAUGCUGAGAAAAUGAGAAAACUGGAUAUCUUGAAUUACCAAACCAUGCAUGCUAUCAGUUUUCUCCACCUGAAGGAUCCAAUUAAAUUGACUUUAGUCCAACAAUCUCCAGUUUUGGCAAUCAAAUCCCUCCAUUGGCCAAAUGUUUGGCCAUGUAAACCCCAAAGGAUUUAUGCUGAUCCCACUCUUAAAUCCAUUAAUGAGCUGCACAGAGAUUUGGAGAUGGUGUAUGUUGGACAGGCUUGCCUUUCAUGGGAAAUCCUCCAUUGGCAAUAUGGGAAAGCAAAAAAUUUGCUGAAUUAUGAUUCUGAAGGGCACCACUCGUAUAACCAAGUUGCCGAUGAAUUUCAACAGUUUCAAGUACUUGUACAGCGAUUUAUGGAGGAUGAGUCGUUUCAAGGACCAAGAGUUCAGAUUUAUGUCAAGAACAGAAGCAUCCUUCGUAGUUUCCUUCAAGUUCCAAUCAUUAAAGACGAUUGUUCGAAGGAGAAGAAGGGGAAACGAGACGAGGAAGAAAACGCAAUUUCAAUUGCAAUGCUAGUGAAUAUCAUUGAGGAAACAAUGCGCAUAUUCUGGGAUUUUUUUCAUGCUGAUAAAGACGAACCAAAUGUGAUCUUGAAGGGUCCUCAGGGAACGCUGGUUGAUCUUCAAGACCCUACAGAUGCAGAGCUUUUGAUGGAUGCUAGAACAAUCCUUCAUGAGAAGGAGAAAAGGCUGAAAGAGAUUUUGAGAAGUGGAAAUUGCAUAGUAAAGAAGUUCCAAAAACAUCAAGGAGGUCGAUUGGGCGAUGCACGGUUCAUUUCUCAGGUGGAAUUGAGAUUGAUUUCAAGAGUUCUAAGCUUGUCAAGGUUAACAAGAGAUCAACUAGUUUGGUGUCAGAAGAAACUAGACAACAUUAACUUUGUUAACAGAAAGAUUCAUGUAGAACCCUUAUUUUUGCUCUUUCCAUGUUGAAAAUCUUGAAUUCUGCCACCAUGCCACUAGUUUUCUUUUGCAGUCUUGUAGAUGCUUGUUACAGUAAAAAAAAAAAAGGGAGUAGCACAGAAAAAUGUCAGUAUACAAGUUGCUGUUAAAUUUUCUGCACCUAAUGUAUAUUUUGCAGCACUUAUGUAAAUACUAACAGGCAGGGCACUUCAUGCUUU